AUCACCUGACUGCCUCAGUUUGACAGUCCAUUUGAUGCCAAUGACUGAUAUGGACGUCGUGUGUAUGGGUAGUUGUGGACGAUACACUCGUCCAAAUUUUAAUUUGGGACUAUUAGUUAUCUUCCAACUUUACUUACAUACAGUGGAGGGAGUGUGGCCACUUCCGCAGACUUUCAUCUCCUCGACGGAGCGAUACCCACUGGACCCACAGGCUUUCUUCUUUGGUUACGGAAGACAAUCAGCCGCACAGCAGGGCUGCUCUGUUCUGGAUGCCGCAUUCAAGAGAUAUUUUUCGCUUAUUUUUCCAGACUACUCUUACGCAGCAAAUGGUGUUCUGCGAUUCAGUGAGGAUAAACUAUUUACUGUUGAGAUCAGUGUUGACCAUGAUGACUGUGAGAGUUACCCAAAUGAGUACUCUUCUGAGAGAUACAAAAUGAGUGUCUCUGCAGGACAAGCAUCUCUGAAGGCAGAAACCGUGUGGGGUGCUGUAAGAGGUCUGGAAACCUUCAGUCAAUUGGUGUAUCAAGAUGAUUUUGGCACAUAUUUUGUGAACAAGACUGAGAUCGAAGACUUCCCCCGGUUUCAAUUCAGAGGGAUUUUGUUGGACACUUCACGUCACUACUUACCAGUGCAGGCCAUUUUGAAAACUCUGGAUGCAAUGGCCUACAGUAAGUUUAAUGUGUUUCAUUGGCACAUUGUUGAUGACCCCUCCUUCCCUUACCAGAGCCGCACCUUUCCAGACCUUUCCAGUAAGGGGGCUUUCCAUCCGAUGACUCAUAUCUACACACAGUCAGAUGUGAGAAGGGUGAUCUCAUAUGCCAGGCUGAGAGGAAUAAGGGUCCUUCCGGAGUUUGAUUCACCCGGCCACACCAAAUCUUGGGGAAAAGGGCAGUCUGACCUGUUGACGCCGUGCUACAGAGGGGGCUUCCCCUCAGGUACUUUUGGUCCUGUUAAUCCAGUGUUACCCUCCACCUACCAGUUCAUGGCGAGACUAUUUAAGGAAGUGUCAUCAGUGUUUCCUGAUUCCCAUAUCCAUUUAGGAGGGGAUGAGGUUGACUUUUCCUGCUGGAGAUCCAACCCUGAUGUUCAAGCAUUCAUGCAGAAGAUGGGAUUUGGAGUAGACUUCACCAAACUGGAAGCAUUCUACAUGGAGAACAUUGUGAAUAUCACUUCAGCUCUCAACAAGACCUCUAUUGUGUGGCAGGAUGUGUUUGACUACCAUGAAAAACGCAGCUCUUUAUCAGUGGUGGAGGUAUGGAGAGAGGGCUGUUACCUGUGUGAAGUGCGCAGGGUGGCGAAAGCGGGGCUCAGAGUGAUUCUGGCCUCUCCAUGGUAUCUGGACCAGCCAGGACCCACACAUGACUGGGCCCGCUACUACACUGUGUGGCCCCUUGCCUUCAAGGGUCAGAAAAGAACCUGUGUGCUGUGGCUAGUUGAAGUUGUACUGUUUGCUGUGGUUUUUGUCUCUAAUGAUAAUAUACAGAUAAAACCUGGUUUCCUGUAAAAUAUAGGAUACACAUGGCCAGAAAUUUUGGUUGUUUGGAACACAGAAUGUUCUAUUUGUAGCCAUACCACUAGGUGGCAGUGAAGACUGUUGUCCAGUUCAAUUCCAAAUGGUAUACUAAUUGUAUACAGAGUGUACAGUCCAUACAUUUUCAUAGUGUAUCAAUCUUUAAAAUCAAAUCUCCAGUGGGAACACACUACAACCAGUACUAAACUUAUAAUUAGUAUGUAGUAUGGAAUUGGGACACAUUUACAGAGAGGUGUGAUUGCUGUAUUACAAGCCCACAGUGAUGCCUGAUGGACAGCCUCAUAGCUAACACUCUCCCCCCUAAACACAGAAGUAUAAAAAUAAUGCCAUUGGCGUUGCUGCAGCAAAGCAAAGGCCCAGCAAAAAAGAGAGAAAAAGUCAUCUAUCAAAAGUAGACCACAGUCAGCUCCGUGCUAAUAUUUAAUUACAAGUGUUUGAAAUGUAUUUGCUAUAAUGAUGUAAUGGCAUAUAUGGUGCAUACUACUGCACAGGAACUUAGUUUUGAGGGAUUUUUUGCUGCCCUUGAAAGUGUGCAUCCUCCUGGCCUAACUUGCUGGUGUUUUUUUUUUGAGAUUUCUACUGCUGCUGCCAUCAAACAAGCCAGGUAGCAGAAUACAAUUGAAGAGAUAUACUUAACUUUACAGAUUUUUACAAAAAUGAAAAAUAGUCUAAUUGUCUAUUACAGAUUUAUAUUUGUAGGCUCUCUGCAGAAAAAAAAGCUGUAAAAGCAUUUGCUUCAGAAGACUGAAGACUGUUUUGACAGUAUGUAACGGGAGAUAACUUUUUUGCAAGCAUAUGUUUAUGCAAUUCAGUUCCCACUGUACUGUAAUUGGUUUGUACCAUCAUCUACUGUGCACAGCAUGCUCCAAAAUGAUAAUAUUUUGGAGAAAGUAUAUUCGGAUCAAGCUAUUAGUUCAUUGGUUUUUGGCCUGGUUUUGUGGAAGACUAUGCAUUUCAGCGUAAGAACUGAUUUUGGGAGUCCACCAGUGUUCAGAUGCUUUGCCCGUAGGAAGGGUAUAAAUUAUGUGAACCAUGUCUUGGUAAAAGCUUGCCCUUUUUGAUAAAUGUUUUUAUUAUGGAAUUCUUGUGUGUAUUUUCUGAAAUAGGAAACACUAAAUGAAUCAAUACAAAGAUGCAUCAAUCAGGUCAGUAGCAAAUAGUACAGAAGGGCAAGACAGUAUGUUGUUUGUCA